CCGCAGCGCCGUGUGCUCAUGCGCACCACUAACCUCCAGCGGGGGGGCGGGGCCACGUUGCGUCAUCGGGGCGCGCUCUGCGGAGGACGCUGUGGUUGCCGGAAGUUGAGCGGCGGCAAUAGAUAAUGGCGGCAGCUACGGGGGAUCCUGGAGUCCCCAAACUGCAGUUCGCCCCCUUUAACAGUGCCCUGGAUGCUGGGUUCUGGCAUGAGCUGACCCAGAAGAAGCUGAAUGAGUAUCGGCUGGAUGAAGCUCCCAAGGACAUUAAGGGUUAUUACUACAACGGUGAUUCUGUUGGGCUGCCAGCUCGCUUAACGUUGGAGUUCAGUGCUUUUGACAUGAGUGCUCCCACCCCAGCCCAUUGUUGCCCAGCUGUUGGAACUCUGUUUAACACCAACACACUCGAGGCUUUCAAGGCUGCAGAUAAGAAGCUACUUUUGGAACAAGCAGCAAAUGAGAUAUGGGAAUCCAUAAAAUCGGGCGCUGCUCUUGAAAACCCUGUCCUCCUGAACAAGUUCCUCCUCUUGACAUUUGCAGAUCUAAAGAAGUACCACUUCUACUAUUGGUUUUGCUCCCCCGCUCUCUGCCUUCCCGAGAGUAUUCCCCUCAUUCAGGGGCCAGUGGGCUUGGAUCAAAGGUUUUCACCCAAACAGAUUCAAGCCCUUGAGCGUGCAUACGAUGAUCUUUGUCUAACAGAAGGAGUCCCAGCGCUACCUUACUUCUUGAUCAAGUAUGAUGAGAAUAUGGUGCUGGUUUCCUUACUUAAACACUACAAUGAUUUCUUCAAAGGUCAUAGGACAAAGGUAACCAUUGGUGUGUAUGAUCCCUGUAACUUAGCCCAGUACCCUGGAUGGCCUUUGAGGAAUUUUUUGGUCCUAGCAGCCCACAGAUGGAGUAGCUGUUUCCCAUCUGUUGAAAUUCUCUGCUUCCGGGACCGAACCAUGCAGGGGGUCAGAGAGAUCACCCACAGCAUACUCUUUGAAGUGAAGCUUCCAGAAAUGGCGUUUAGCCCAGAUUGUCCCAAAGCAGUUGGAUGGGAAAAGAACCAGAAAGGAGGCAUGGGACCCAGGAUGGUAAACCUCAGUGAAUGUAUGGACCCUAAAAGGUUAGCUGAGUCAUCAGUGGAUCUAAAUCUCAAAUUGAUGUGUUGGAGACUGGUGCCGACUUUGGACUUAGACAAAGUUGUGUCUGCCAGAUGUCUGCUGCUUGGAGCUGGCACCUUGGGUUGUAACGUUGCUAGGACACUGAUGGGGUGGGGCGUCAGACACAUCACGUUUGUGGACAAUGCCAAGAUCUCCUACUCCAAUCCUGUGAGGCAGCCUCUCUAUGAAUUUGAAGAUUGCCUAGCUGGUGGCAAGCCCAAGGCCCUGGCUGCAGCAGACCGGCUCCAGAGAAUAUUCCCCGGAGUGAAUGCCAGAGGGUUCAACAUGAGCAUCCCGAUGCCUGGACAUCCAGUGAACUUCUCCGGUGUCACCCUGGAGCAAGCCCGCAGGGAUGUGGAGCAACUGGAGCAGCUCAUCGAAAGCCAUGAUGUCGUCUUUCUGUUGAUGGACACCAGGGAGAGCCGGUGGCUUCCUGCUGUUAUUGCUGCGAGCAAGAGAAAGCUAGUCAUCAAUGCUGCCUUGGGAUUUGACACAUUUGUUGUCAUGAGACACGGCCUGAAGAAACCUAAGCAACAGGGGGCUGGGGACUUGUGUCCCAGCCACCCUGUGGCACCUGCCGACCUGGGCUCGUCGCUUUUUGCCAACAUCCCUGGUUACAAACUUGGCUGCUAUUUCUGCAAUGAUGUGGUGGCCCCAGGAGAUUCAACCAGAGACCGGACCUUGGACCAGCAGUGCACUGUGAGCCGUCCAGGACUGGCCAUGAUUGCAGGAGCUCUGGCAGUGGAAUUGAUGGUUUCUGUUUUGCAGCAUCCAGAAGGGGGCUACGCCAUUGCCAGCAGCAGUGACGACCGCAUGAAUGAGCCUCCAACCUCUCUUGGGCUUGUGCCUCACCAGAUCCGAGGAUUUCUUUCACGGUUUGAUAAUGUCCUUCCUGUCAGCCUGGCAUUUGACAAAUGUACAGCUUGUUCUUCCAAAGUUCUCGAUCAAUAUGAACGAGAGGGAUUUAAUUUCCUAAUGAAGGUGUUCAACUCUUCGCAUUCAUUCUUAGAAGACUUGACUGGUCUAACGUUGUUGCAUCAAGAGACCCAAGCUGCUGAGAUCUGGGACAUGAGUGACGAUGAGACCAUCUGAUGCAGCCCACCCUGGCGUGGCCAACUUCUCCCCGGUUGCCUGCUGACGGGCUCUCAGUGGCCGGAGCAGGACUGCCACCCCAACCUUUCUGGAUCCCUCCUCUGCGUACCUUGAGGACCGAGGCCGUCCCUCUGCCGCCCAGGAGCUGCUGGUAUUCUCCCUUUCUCAUGAUUCCUGACACCGCCCGUUCUGAGCUCAAUAAUAACCGUGGCAUUGCCCUCUGUCUGGGACUUGGCUCCCUCCACGAGUUCUUUUUUCUCGUUGUCACAGUGUUUGAGAGGCAAGCUCCCCGGAUCCUUUCCGCCUUGGCCCUCAUGGGGUGGCCGUGCAGGCUGGGAGGAGUUGGCCCAGCACAGACUAAAUGGGGACGUGAGAAAGCAGGUCCUACAGACCACUGUGGGGGACAUGGCACACCCCAUGCCCUCCCGGACACCACGCUCCCGCAGCCAAGUGAGGCUGCUCCCUCCGCGUCGGUGACUGGGAGGCCCUCACACCAGCAUGGG